AUGCCGGCAACCAAAGCCACAGGGCUGAACCGUACCGUAACCGUUCCGUGGAUGGAGUCCGUUCCUGGGGCUGUCGGUCCAAUGUCUUCACUCCGACCACGUAUGCCUCCUCUUGAUCAACCUUCCAAGAAUUUCUUUUUGUGUCCGGUUGGUAGAAAUCCAUCGGCCCUCUCCUUUGACUUGAACGGGGUUUUCGAGUAUUCUCCCCUUGGUGUCGUGCUGAAAGCAUGGACGAUUUCUCAGCCUUCGUGCAUUGUCCAUUUAUUACAUGCGGAUACCGGACUCCACCCAAGAAAUGGUGAUGCCUUGUCUCCAAGACCCAUCCGAGCGAUUCAGUACCAUGUUUCUUGA